UGGAAAAGAAAUGCAAAUGCCGGUUCGCUUGCCGGAAUGGACUGGGCUGGUAACUCAUUUAGGACCAAAUUUUCAAGAUAUUGGUCUGGAAGCCCAUUUGAUUCGGCCCACGAUACUAAUUGCCGGCAACCAACGACAUUGCUUACGAGUCGUCUUCACCUGAACCGCCAAACCCAGCUGGCCGGGGAGGUGGGGGCCAACCAGAAACCAAAAGCAGCGAGAUUUCUUCCGGCAGAGAUUGUGGCCUUGUGGGGGGAAAAACGGAGAUCGUCGGUGAAGAAGUUGCGGAGACUUCGGGUCCUGAUUUCCCUGGACUUUCAAUUGCUUCUUCCACCCAUCUCUUCAAGUUUUGGUGACCAAUGGAAUCGAGUGAGAGAGAGUCUGACCAAGGCUGUAAGAGGAAAAGAGCUGUUGUAAACAAAUCAGUGAAGGUAAUUUGGUUGGAUUACUGGCCCCAUGUCAAAGAGAAAGCAUCGACAUCGGCAUCCUGAUGAUUUGGUAGGCUAUCGAGAUGGCCAUCAGCAUGACAGGAACAACAGAUCAAGGCCCGUGCAGCAGCUUGACCCUGUAGCUUUGGAGGAAGAGCUCGAUGAUCUAGAUAGAGAAAUGAGGAGGAUAAUCUCUGAAAAUCAAGCCAUUAUCGAUGAUAAUAUAGCUCUUCAGAGUGAAUUGGCACGAACGAACGAUAAGAUUCACAGGUUGGAGGAAAGGCUACCUCAACUCCAGGCUGAAAAGGAGACCCAUAUCAGGGAGUUAAUUCACACAGGAUUGAAGCUAGAAGCAGAGGUCCGAUCAAGGGAGCCCUUAAAGUCGGAGGUUAGGCAGUUAAGAGUAGAAGUUGAAAACUUGAGGGAUUCAGUAGAGGACUAUACUGCUAUUGAGUACAGUUUGCAAGAAGACAUUAAAGAAGUAAAAAUGGCGAACAAGUCAGUGCCUUCACUGAAAGCUGAUGUAGAUAUGAUGCACGAACAGCUUCUCGAUGCCAGGAAAUACACUCGAGUGCCAGAAGAGAGCAAACCAUGAAGAAGUUCAAGAAAUGCAGCUAACUGAGAAUAAUCUCAUAUGUAUUCGCCGUGAAAUUGAGAAGCUAAGGCUUGAGCAGCAGCAGGAUGCACGAAUAGAGGAACCUAGAUAUGAUGGAGGCUUUGAAAUUAUGGAUCGAAGCUCUGAAACAAGAAAUUCUAGCAGAUAUGGUGAUAGCUAUGAAGAUGAUCCUGGGGAACUUUACAACCAUGACUAUCUCCGACGUUGACCCCUUUUAUGCUAAUGGUUCGUUGACUUGCCACUAUAGUGAUUCCUUAACAGUGCAAGCUUCAAAAGCCAAAUUGUUGUUAGUUUGGCCUAGAAGAAUAGCCAAACGACGCCAGUUCACUAUGCAGUCGUUGCAAAGCUAGUGCAAAUGAUACACAUGGGCCAUGGCCAAGUCUUCAUUCACCCGAGUAGUCAUGGGGAUUGAUAGUCUCAAAUGUAUGAGCCAGGUAUUCGCUAUUGAAAGGAGAAAUCAUGUUAUGGUAGUGGGUAAAAGAGAGUUAACAUUGAGCUUCUUAUAAUGGUAUGUUUCGAAGAUUGAGAUCCUUGUAUUCAUGUUGCAUAUUCCUGCUACAGAGA